CAGACGCUGCGGCAGCUCAAGAUCAAGACGGGCGUCGUGAAGCGCCUGACAAAGGAGGAAAAGACGUACGCGCAAGAAGCAGAGGAUCAGAAGGCGCGCAUCGAGCGCAUCACGCGCGAGGGCGCCGAUGAGUGGGACGUCAAGAAGCAGCACGAGGUUCUGCGCGACUGCGAGCAGAUGAUUCCCGACUGUGCCCGCCGUCUCGCUGCGGCCGUCGAGGAUCUGCAGGCGCUGCUG